UCGAAUUCAGGCGAUUAUAAAAAUCGCCGAAUUUUAAUUAUCAGUAUCAGUUCACCACUGCACUUCACAAGGAUAACAGUAACAAUGUUCUAUAAGGUAUUGUGCAUCGCCGCUCUGGUAGCCGCAGUGGCCGCCCAGUCCGACCACGGCCACCACAGCCACCACCACGCCUACUCCGCCCAGCACAUCUCGCGCCACGACGGCAAACCAGAAAAAGUCACUGUUGAAGUGAAAGACAAACACGGACAUCAUGAACUUCACUACGAUUACUACGCUCACCCUAAGUACGAGUUCGAGUACAAAGUAGAGGACAAGCACACCGGCGACCUCAAGAGCCAGCACGAGACCCGCGACGGAGAUGUCGUGAAGGGCUACUACUCUCUGCACGAGCCUGAUGGUUCCGUCAGGGACGUGCACUACCACAGCGACAAGCACACCGGAUUCGAAGCCGCCGUCAAGCACACCACCCACCACCAUCACCACUAAUGUGUAUCAAAUGUUACGAUUAUUCUGUAUGUUGCAUAUUAGUUUAAGUGUUGAAUGUUGAUAAGUAUAAUUAAUGAAUAUUCUCUAGUAUUUCUUUGUAUUAUUCAACAUAUUAAGCUCCUUGAAUAGAACAAAAAGUUUCC